AUGCAUGUCUAUGACGUCGCCACGUUCCGGUUAUUCAACUACUUCCGGUUCCUGUCAGCAGGCUGCAGCGUUCAAGUUGAGUUGACCGCUCAGUCUAAACAACCGGACAAGUUUGGAGUCAAUCGCUUUCUUUCGGCGGAGCUCGGCGUCGACUCGACUUGACCUGAGCCGCUCCGCUCCUCUCCUCUCCGGGCCAAUAGGUUUCGUCAUUCCGGAAGGCUAAGCUACGUUAGCUAGCUAGCUAGCUAGCCAGCCACCAGCUCGCGUUCGACGGAUACCGUCGCUGGUCUCUUUGGGGAAAAACAUCGAGAGAAAAUGCGCAAGGCGGCUUCCCACGGCCACUAACUGACGCGAGACCCCAAGAGGAGCCAUGCCAACUUAGGCCGAAGGAGCCAGCGAGCGACCCCAGACGGCCGGCAUGUCCGAGAACCAGGCCGGCGGCGGCGGCGGCGGUGGCGCCGCUAACGCCCCGCCCAACAACAACAAUUUGGGGCCCAACCGGUUGCGGAACCCCAACAUCAACCAGAACCCCCUGAUCAACGUCCGAGAUCGCCUCUUCCACGCGCUCUUCUUCAAGAUGGCAGUCACUUACGCCCGCCUCUUCCCGCCGUCCUUCCGGAGGGUCUUCGAGUUCUUCGUGCUGCUUAAGGCGCUCUUCGUCCUCUUCAUCCUGGCCUACAUCCACAUCGCCUUCUCGCGCUCGCCCAUCAACUGCCUGGAGGGAGUGAGGGAGCGCUGGCCUCGCGACGGCAUCCUACGCGUGGAGAUCCACAGGAACUCCAGCCGGCCGCCCGUCUUCCUGCAGUUCUACGACUCGCCGGAGGAGGGCGCCGGCACCCCCGGUCUCAGCUUGGCCGCGCUGCAAGAGGAGGAGGACGAGGACGAGGAGGAGGUCGUCUUCGAUAACAGCUCUGUGCGGUUCGAGCUGGACGCGCAGCCUCGUCCGGAGCCGUCUACGCUCGGGGGCGCCGGAGCCAACGACAGCCGGGAUCUUUCUUUCGGUCACGCGGCCCAAGCCUGGCCUCAGGAGGAGUACAUGGUGGAAUAUUCUUUGGAAUACGGCUUCCUGCGCUUGUCUCCCGCCACGCGCCGGCGACUCAACAUCACCGUCAUGGUGGUCACCCUGGAUCCCGUCAAGGACGAGUGUUUCGGCGACGGCUUCAGCCGCUUCCUGCUGGACGAGUUUUUAGGCUACGACGACAUUCUGAUGUCCAGCGUCAAGGCGCUGGCUGAGAACGAGGUGAACAAAGGCUUCCUCAGGAACGUGGUCUCUGCAGAGCACUACCGCUUCGUCAGCAUGUGGAUGGCCAGAACCUCCUACUUGGCCGCCUUCGUCAUCAUGGUCAUCUUUACUCUGUCGGUGUCCAUGCUGCUGAGGUAUUCGCACCACCAGAUCUUUGUCUUCAUCGUGGACCUACUUCAGAUGUUGGAGAUGAACAUGACCAUCGCCUUCCCGGCGGCCCCCCUGCUCACGGUCAUCCUCGCGCUCGUAGGUAUGGAGGCCAUCAUGUCGGAAUUCUUCAACGACACCACCACGGCGUUUUACAUCAUUCUCAUCGUGUGGUUGGCCGAUCAGUACGACGCCAUUUGCUGCCACACCAACACUAGCAAACGCCAUUGGCUGAGGUUCUUCUACUUGUACCACUUUGCCUUCUACGCGUAUCACUACCGCUUCAACGGGCAGUACAGCAGCCUGGCGCUGGUCACGUCCUGGCUCUUCAUCCAGCACUCCAUGAUCUACUUCUUCCACCACUACGAGCUGCCCGCCAUCUUGCAGCAGAUCCGCAUCCAGGAGAUGCUCCUACACAACCAGCAGGCGGGGCCGGCCGAUCACACGGCGUUGCAGGACAGCCUCAACAACAACGACGCCGUCCCCGCCGCGCCGCCGCCGCCGGCGGAGGCCGCCUCCGUCGACCGGCCGCCGACCGAAAGUCGGCCGCCGACCCCGGCCGGCGAGGUGCGCUCAGAGCUCAACUGGGUGGCUCAGACGGCCGCCGUCAUCACCGAGGCGGCCGACACCUUCGAGGCGGCCCAGUUCUGGACCGGAGACGGCAGCGAAAGCCCGCCUUCGCGCCGGGCCGACGGGGAGGACCCGUCUUCGGGGGAGGCCGGCGGCGAUAGCCCGGGGGAGGCCCUCGGCGAGAGCCCGACGGAGCGGCCGAGCGCGUCCUGAGGAAGAACGUUCGGCUCGGUCGCCCGAUCCGACCAACUUUGAAAAACGGGCAUAAAGCCGCGUCCGCCGAAGCGGGGACGGGACGACGGGCCGCGCUUUUAUUUUGAAGUUGUUCACGCUCCGGCCGCCCGGUCGGAUGAAAUCGCUCCGCGGGAGGGGGCGGGCGGAACCCGUCCGUCCGCCGGCCAUCGGUCAGGCGUGUUGAAUUUAGGCGCCAAAUGACGUGACUGUGCCUGCCUGUCCUGCUAUCGAAUCAUUUGAAAGAAGGACGUUUGUUUGUAUAGCCCUUACGGGGCCACGCUUAACAUUCAAAUAUUAAAUAAAACUACAUUACUUCUAAAUGUACCAAGUGAAAUCUGUAAUUGCACAAUGUUGAACCCUUUCGUGCACCUUUUUUUUUUUU